AUGCUAUAUGAGAGCGUCGAUAUCCCUGACCUCGACAUCGACGAAAUGGGCAUCGUUUUCACCCAGUCAAACCACGCUGCUGCUCCCUUUAUGGCGCUCCGCAUCGUCCAAUACCUCUUAUCCAUGUCUAAUAAUCAACGUGUUCAGAUGAUUGAGAUCGUCACCACACUGCUGGUUCGGCACACAGAAUCGGUGAGACGAAGGAAUCGCGUAGCAGUUCGUAAAACACAAAACCAAACGGCUGCUUUGGUCGAAUGA